GGCGCCUGUUGAGUUUUACAGGAAAUUGGCGUCACUGACAAGGUGAUGUCAUGCGCAUUCGCAAUAACUGGGUGUAGACGCAUUAAAACCAAUGAGCGGUCUGAAGGGAGCAUUCAGACUUUCAGGAGUUUGAGCACUAGAAGAUGAUCUGGCUCGUUCCCCUCCUUGUUCUGCUUUACCUAACCUUCACACGGCGCUGGAGGUGUAAGAACGAGCCGCCCCUUGAUCCAGGAUUAAUCCCGUGGUUGGGUCAUGCGCUUGAAUUUGGAAAGGACGUUCCCAGAUUUAUAAACCGAAUGAAGCUGAAACAUGGAAAUAUUUUCACUGUCCGUGUGGCGGGUCGCUACGUCACAUGGCUGCUGGACCCUCACUCGUACGACGCCGUCAUCGACGAUCCGGACUCCCUGGACUUUGCCUGCUAUGCUCAGGUUCUCAUGGAGAGGAUUUUCAACCUGCAGCUCCCUCCACAGCAGCCAGCGAAAGCAAAGGCCAUGAUGAAAGGGUAUUUUUUGGGAACGAGCAUGUCCACUCUGAACAGCACCAUGGGCCGGCACCUGGAGACCCUGCUGAGAACAGAAACUCUGCAAAACCAGAGGAACUGGAAGAAGGAGGGACUCUUCAACCUCUCCUACAGCUUACUCUUUAGGGCGGGGUACCUGACGCUGUUCGGAGGGGAGCAGAACAACAACAGCACGGAUCCCUGCAGAGUCUACGAGGAGUUCAAGAAGUUUGAUGGUGUCUUGUGCAAACUGGCAAGGGGCACACUGGGAGCAGAGGAGAGGGAGACAGCACAGAGUGUUCGGAGAAGACUCUGGGAGCUUUUGGCUCCAGCCGGUCUGACUGAGAACUCGGGGUCAAGCCGCUGGCUUUACGCCUACAGACAGCUGCUGCAGGAGGAUGGGGUCGACGAGGAGACGCAGAGGAAAGCCCUGCUGAUGCAGCUCUGGGCCACUCAGGGUAACGUGGGUCCUGCUGCUUUCUGGCUCUUGGGUUACAUGUUGACAAACCCUGAAGCUCUAAUGGCAGUAAAAAGAGAGCUGGGCCAGAUCUCACGGACGGAGAACUCAGGGACUCCUCUUGUGCAAAGAUCUGAGAACACCCCUGUGUUUGACAGCGUUCUGGAAGAGACUCUGAGACUCACCGCCGCCCCCUUCAUAACAAGAGAGGUAGUGCAAGACAAGAUUCUCUGCAUGGCUGAUGGCCAGGAGUACCUGAUAAGAAAGGGAGACAGGGUGUGUUUGUUCCCCUUCAUCAGCCCUCAAAUGGACCCUGACAUUUACCAGGAGCCGCAGAAAUUCAAGUAUGAUCGCUUCCUGAACGGGGACGGAUCGGUGAAGAAGGACUUCUAUAAAGGGGGGAAGCGGUUGAAAUAUCGCACCAUGCCGUGGGGUGCAGGGACCAACGGCUGCGUGGGGAAGUCGUUUGCCAUCAAUACCAUCAGAAAGUUUGUUUACAUCUUGUUGACUAACUACGAUCUGGAGCUCUGUGACCCGAAUGCUCAGAUGCCAGAGAUAGAUGUUAGUCGUUAUGGAUUUGGGAUGCUGCAACCUGAGAGAGAUGUGUUCAUCCAAUACAGACCCAAGGAAACACACUAGUCACCCCCCAGACAAAAAAACAACGUUUUAUGUACAUUUCACCCUAAGAGCAAUGUUGAUUGUGGCGGUAUGUGUUGCAUAUCUACAUGUAAAAGCUGAUUAUUUUUUAUAUUUUUCAAUAAAUGAAAUACUUUA